AGGCCCGAAACGUCAGCUUUUGUGCUCCUGAGAUGCUGCUUGGCCUGCUGUGUUCAUCCAGCCUCACAUUUUGUUAUCUUGGAAUCUCCAGCAUCUGCAGUUCCCAUUAUCUCUUUUAUACUCUCAUGUUCUUUUUUGUGAUGCAAUUUUUCGCAUUUAUUAAACUCCAUCUGCCACUUCAGCCACUUGACCCAAUCGAUGGAAAUCACUUAAUAAUCUUAGAUUACCUUCUUCAGAAACACUUGCACUCAUCUUUAGUGAUGUGAUCCAUGCCUUGAGGGAUCUGUCAGCUCUGUUUAUCGGAUUCAGACCAUAUAAGUAAUAUCUUGUGUGCUGUAUUUACAAGUGCCUGCUGUAUAAGGUGUUGGCAAGAUAUCUCUCAUGAGCCAUUGUAUACCAUCUGGUCCUCACAGGGAAUAUGGAUAUGGAGGCAGAAUCUUUAACAAGAAUUCCCAAACGGCCAGGGGAUGUUUCAGAAAAUAGAACAGAAAUUUAUCCUGUCGUGCAAUUAUACAUGAAAAGUAAUGGAAACCUUUUUUCAGUCACCCUACCACGGCACCAUCGUUGAUGAUAGAAGUCAUACGUAAUAAUGAAGAAAAGUUAAAGUUAAGACAAAGUUCAUCACCAUUCAGUUAACAGUUCCUGUGCUUAGGAAGAGCUGACUUAUGGAACGAUGGGAUACCUGGAAGGUGAAGAUUGCCUGCUGGGCAAUGAGAAGAAGCUAAGAGGUGGCCGCACCAGGGGGAGACUGCCUUACCAGGACAAUGCCAUGUUGGGAUGUGACUACUUUGCCAAGAGACUACCUCUGUGCAAUGAGACCACCACCCUGGGAGAUGGCGUUGUGAGCUGUUGGAAGCCAUCUUGUCACUGGGCCAGGAGAAGCCUUCCAAUGAAGCCUCGAAAACAAGCACUGUCUCGGAGUCGACUGCUGUGAGGCCAGAAAGGAGCAGCAGGAAACACUGCACUGAGAUUGGCUGUUCGAGGCACAACCGGUGACAAGAUGACAGCUGUGCAUUUGAAGCCAAGCUGUUUCCUCUUUCUGUGCCUCUUCUUCCAGGGUGCCCUGAGUGCCUGUACAACCGGGCGUGCCUGUGACUGCCGCGAUGCCAGGUUGGUGCCAGGGGCCCAGUUGGCGGGUUUGGGCUACGACGUGGUGACCCUUGAGCCCAGGGGCGCCUUUGUGAUUGACAUGAACACCUGGAAAUUCGCCAAUGGGAGCUGCAUCCUCUGCCACAAUGGGCAUCUCGGUAAUGUGCGCCAGCGGUUGCCUAUUUCACUGGUGGACUGGCGCACCCUGAGCUCCUGCCGGCGCUCAAUCUCCAGCCAACUCUACCGCUCGGUUGAUAAGCUGGCACAGUCAGCCACCUCUGCCAUCACCAAUGACUGGCAGGUGGACCUCCAUCUCAAUGGAGCCAAAUCGGUGCUGGCCGGUUCCAAGUCCAAGCUGGUGAGUUUUGAUAGCUCCCACUCCAAGAACGACCGCUACAGUUUCACCAGUCACCAGUUCCAGUGCCGCUACUACCAAUAUCGGGUGAAGGACAAGCCCCUCCUGGCACCUGAAUUUGCCCGCUCCCUCUCCAGCCUCCCUCCCAAUGGCAAGAAGGACCAGUACAGGAAGCUGGUGGCCACCUACGGCACCCACUACCUCACGUCUGUGGCGCUGGGUGGACACUUUAAGGAUGUGACGGCUAUUCGGACAUGUGAGGCGGCAUUCAAGGGCUACACCAUUGAGGAGGUGAAGGACUGCCUGUCGAAAGAGGCCAGUUCAAUGACACAGCUGAGGGCAAGAGCCUUAGUGAAUUCCCAGAAAUGCCGGAAAAUGGCGCGCGCUAUGAAGAACAGUGACAAGGUCUACCAGGCCUUCAAUGACCGGGUAACAGAGUUGACGGGGGGUAAGGUCCAGCAGGGGGCUGACCUUUUCUUCUCCGGGGACAGUUCAGCCUUCUCCCGCUGGAUGAACAGUCUGACCUCUAACCCCGGCACGGUUCGCUAUGACCUGGAGCCUCUUCACCACCUGCUUCCCAAGAGUGACCCCAGGCGAAAGAACCUGCAGCGCUACAUCAGCGACUACAUCAUGCUCAAUGCCCUCUCCAAGCAAUGCAAGGUGGGUGCCUCAUGCCCCCGUGGUUCCUACCGCAACCCCCACCAACGCUGUAACUGCGCGUGCCGUGAGAAUAAUCAUGUGGACCGGAAUUGUUGCCCCAAGGAGAAGGGGCUGGGCCAUCUGGUGGUGACUGUCAAGAAGGGCCGCGACCUCUGGGGGGAUGUUUUCACGGCCACUGAUGGCUAUGUGGUGGUCAGAUAUGGCCGACAGGAGGCCAGGACCAAUGUGAUCUCGAACAACAACAAUCCCUCGUGGAACACCAAGUUGGACCUGGGUGAGGUCAAUGCCAAAAGUGGGCACAUGCUGACCAUCAAGGUUUGGGACCAGGAUACCGUGAAAAGCGACGAUCUCCUGGGGAAAUGUGAGGUCAGUGUGACCUCCGGCACCCUUAGGAAGGUCUGCUACCUCCGGUAUGGCAAGGUGACCUACGAUUAUACCUUCACCUGUGGCCCCCACCUGGGCGGUGCCACCUGCCAGGCCUAUGUGGCCCUCCCUGGCAGCAUGGCGUUCACCUCUUACGUGGGCACCACCAACCACACCCUCCACCUCAACACAGUCAUGCUCAAUCGCUCUGAACUACCAUUCCCAAUGGUCUACUUCCCCUAACCCUUGCUCAGAUACUGUCAUGGCAAUAUCAUAGCAGUAUAAUGGCCCUCAUUUAAUAUGGGAGGCUUAGUACCAUUAAAAUGCAACGCUUUGAAGCUUUUUCCAAACAUGGAAGCAGUGUAGCGCACCGCGAUGUGAAAGGACAACGAUAAAGUCCAUGCUUGUUGCUGUAUGCAUUUUUAUAAUUUUACAUUUUUUCAAUAAAUUCAACUCUUUGGCAUUUA